AUGGGGCCGCCUACACCCCGGCCGAUGGUUAAAUCUCAAACCGUGACAUGGCAUGAGAUCUCCGAGUGGCAACGAGACAACAGAUAUAUCCUCAGCGGCUAUCGCCCUGAAAGAGGAGAUUAUUUGGAGAUCCUCACCAGCCUGACGUUUUUGCACAACGAGACUUGUAACGUGUACACUCAUCUGAUCGGGGCUCUACUCCUACCGCUCAUCGCGUUUGCUGUCAUGCAGAUUCUCUCUCAGCCUCAGUUUUUCGACGUCUCGAGUUCCGACUAUGUCAUAUUUGGAAUCUUUUUUUGUUGUGCAGAGUGCUGUUUGAUCUUCAGUACGAUUUACCAUCUAGUGGGAUCUCACUCACAUGCAGUAGAACAAUUCUGGCUCAGAAUGGAUCUCCUGGGGAUUGUCAUUGUUACUGUUGGCACAUUUAUUCCGGGCAUCUACUACAUCUUCAUCUGUGAACCAGUCUUGCAAAAAUUGCACUGGGCGAUUAUCACAUCUUCGGGCACAGUCACGGCUGCAUUAAUCUCGAUGCCCAGGUUGAGAACGCUUCGCUGGCGGAAGGCGAGGACGGGCGCCUAUAUUGCGCUCGGUGCAUCAGCAUUCAUUCCGCUCCUACAUGGAGUUCAACUGUACGGGCUAGAGUAUAUGCUUCAGUAUGCAGGAAUGAAAUGGUAUCUGCUAGAGCUAUUCUUCUACGGCUGCGGAGUCGGUCUCUAUGGGUCUCGAACUCCUGAGCGCUUUGCUCCAGGCAAAUUCGACAUCUGGGGCAGCUCACACCAGCUCUUUCACGUGUGUAUCUUAUGUGCCAUGUAUAUACACAUAACUGCCCUUGUGCAGGCUUUUACGGCGUGUCAUACAUUGGACGUAUGUAGCAUCCAGGCCGCUUCGCGGGAAGGUCACAGAUGA